AUGGGUUUCGUCAACUUCAAGAACUACCGGGUCUACAUCCUGACCUCGGUAGCCUAUCUGGGCUCCCUACUCUUCGGCUAUGACACGGGUGUUAUGGGCUCAGUCCUGGCUCUUUCGAGUUUCAAAAAGGACUUCGGCCUCCCCGUCGAGUCAUCUGGAUUCAGCGACGAGAAGAACGCCCACAUAUCCUCCAAUGUGGUGUCGCUACUAACAGCAGGAUGUUUCUUCGGAUCUAUAUUUGCUGCUUGCAUGAACGACAGACUCGGCCGGAGAUACUCGCUGAUGAUCCUUGCUCUGAUUUUCCUGGUUGGAGCAGCAGUCCAGGUUGCAGCUCACCAUGAGAUUGGCAUGAUCUAUGGCGGACGUGUUAUCGCCGGCUUCGGUAUCGGUGGCAUGUCUAGUAUCACCCCCGUGUUUGUCAGUGAGAACUGCCCUCCGGCGACCCGUGGCCGUAUUGCCGGUCUUUUCCAGGAGUUCCUGGUUAUUGGUAGUACCUUCGCCUACUGGCUGAACUACGGCGUUGCGCUUCAUAUUCCCGAGGGUACAAGUCAAUGGCGUAUUCCAGUUGGCAUCCAGCUUGUCCCCGGUGGUCUGAUGCUCAUCGGACUAUUCUUCCUUAAGGAAUCCCCUCGUUGGUUGAUGACGAAGGGCCGCCGUGAUGAGGCACUCAAGUCCCUCGCUUACAUUCGUAACGAGCCGGAAACCAGUGAGGCUAUUCAAGUCGAGUUCGCCGAAAUUUCGGCCGCUAUCCACGAGGAAAUGCAGGCUACCGAGGGUCUGACGUGGAGGGAAUGUCUGAAGCCGAGCAACCGAUACCGCUUCUUCCUCGCAUUCGUCCUGAUGUUCUGGCAGCAGUUUUCCGGCACAAACAGCAUUGGAUACUAUGCUCCCCAGAUCUUUGCAAGUGUCGGAUUGAGCAAAACGGACUCCUCAUUGUUUGCUACUGGUAUCUACGGAACAGUCAAGGUGGUUGCAACAGCCGUCUUCCUGAUCGUCGGUAUCGAUCGCUGGGGCCGAAAGAAGAGUUUGAUUGGUGGUGCUGCUUGGAUGGCUAGCAUGAUGUUCAUCAUUGGAGCAGUUUUGGCUACCAAUCCCCCUAAUACGGAGGCCACAUCCGUCUCAUCUGCUUCUACCGCUAUGGUUGCGAUGAUCUAUCUAUAUGUGAUCGGAUACUCAGCAUCCUGGGGACCAGUUCCUUGGAUCUUCCCAACCCGUCUUCGUGCUUAUGGUGUCGGUUUCGGUGCUGCCACGCAAUGGCUGUUCAACUUCGUCAUCACUGAGAUUACCCCUCGGGCUAUCAAUAAGAUUGGCUGGAAGACUUUCCUCAUGUUUGCAAUCUUCUGCUUUGCCAUGGGCACCUUCGUCAUCGUAUUCUUCAAAGAAACUAAGGGCCGGACCCUGGAGGAGAUGGAUCUCAUUUUCGGUGCCGUUGAUGAACAGCAGAGACGUGCUGAUGUGGAACACACCUUACAAAAGACUCAAAUUAUGCAUGAAGAGCAUGCUGAGACCAUGGAGAGUGCGAAAACUACAGAGACUUCAGAGACUAGAGAGCACAAAGAGUGA